GAUAUCACUUGCUCUUUAACUGUGCUCCUCAUAGUAUGCAGUUUACUUUGUGUGCUGUUGUAAUCUAACAACAGGGAGGGGAGACAUUAAAGGGUCAUGCCACUCAAUGUCGUGCUGGACGGUCCGGCCCCCUGGGGGUUUCGGCUGACGGGAGGGAAGGACUUCAACCAGCCCCUGACCAUCUCCAGGAUCACUCCCGGCAGUAAGGCCUCUGUAGCCAACUUGUGUCCUGGUGACAUCAUCCUGGCCAUCGAGGGGGCCCCGGCCUCGGACAUGCUGCACUGUGAAGCCCAGAACAAGAUCAAGGAGUCCAGCAGUCAGCUCCGUCUCACUGUAGAGAGAAAUGAAUCCAAACUGUGGUCUCCUCGUGUUGUGGAGGACGGCAGAGCUCAGCCAUACAAAAUGAACCUGGAAGCAGAACAGCAGGAAUAUAAACCUAUCGGCACAGGUCACAACCGAAAAGCUCAGCCAUUUGUAGCAGCAGCAAACAUCGAUGACAAGCGCCAAGUGGUCAGCUCAGCAUACAACACUCCUAUAGGCCUCUACUCCUCAGGAAACAUCCAGGACGCCAUGCAGGGACAAAUCAGAGGCCUGGUGCACCAAAAGCCUGGGAGCCCCAGGCCUCUGACCAGCAUCGAGGACUCUGACGUGUACAGGAUGUUGCAGAGUGGCGAGGAGGAACCACAGGAGCCUCGACAGUCUGGCUCCUUCAAAGCCCUACAGGAGUCUAUCGAUGGUGAUGGCACUCGACCCAUUGUAACCAGAACAGUAAAAGCCCCGUCAACCAAACCGACUCCACCCACAGGAAACCUGCAGAAACUGCCCAUCUGUGACAAGUGUGGGAAUGGGAUUGUUGGGACGGUCGUGAAGGCACGAGACAAAUACCGUCACCCCGGCUGCUUUGUAUGCAACGACUGUGACAUCAACCUCAAACAGCAGGGCUACUUCUUUGUGGAGGGGCAGCUGUACUGUGAGACUCACGCUCGAGCUCGGACGAGACCACCAGAGGGACACGACCUCAUCACAACUUUUCCCUCUGCAUAGAUUCCCCACUAAUGAGCACAAACAGACACACUUUGGUCAAAUAUUCCCCCCCCAACACACAUCUGUUUGUGUUAUCUUACAUCUGUUUGUGUUCACUUCUAUCUUGUCUGUGUGAAUUAUACUCUUUAAAAAUACACUCUUGCAGGUACAUAACAUGACAAAGUUCUGACCUUGAGGUCACAUCUAUGUCUGAACAGGUUGAUCAUUGAACCUGGUUGUUAAUAGAGCCAAGCAGCAGUGAUAAUAAACAGAAAGAUUUGACAUGUUCAGACCUCAGUUCAAAGUGUAGGAGUGCAUUUAUCUGUGAAGUUUUCAAUAAACAGCACUAUCUUUAAAGCAGAAUAACUCAGAGAGUCCUAAGUAUAGUGAUGGCAUUAAACAAAAGGCCACGCAAACAAAAAGAAAAAUGUUUACAAGUAAAAUGGAUGUUCUUCCAUUAUUAUUUGUUUCCACAGUUUGCUUUCUUUGUACAUCAAAGAUACAUUAAAUAGUGAAGGUGGUUUCU